AGACCAAGGACAGGGCCCAGUCGCCCAGUUUCAGACCAAAUGUUGCAACAAUCUGGCCAUUGACUAUGCCGACCAGAAUUAUUUUGCAUCUUCUGCCCUCGAUCUUCCCGGCGUCAUGAUCUGGGAUCGCCGGGCCAUGAGUCGUCAUAACGUCAACCCGUCCUAUAGCGACGCCAUCGAGCAUCAUGGCCUCCCCUGGGGCGGGGCUCUGUGGCUCGACCGCGCCGUCCAGAAGGAAACCACUCCGUCCGACAGCGGGAGCUCUUUCAUCCGCGCUCUCCGCUUCUGCCGCGACCACGCCGGCUUGCUUGCCGUGCUUUCCCGAACUGGCCAAUUGAGGGUCUUGUCGACGAGACGCGAGUAUGUUGACCCGGAGGUCAGGGUAGACGGCAGCCCCGAGCUCCUUGAAGUCCGCCGGUCUUACGAACUGGAUCCUCUCUACACCGAACCAAGCCGCAAGAGCGACAGGAUAGUCUCGUUCGACUGGAUCACCAUGAGCUCCCCCGUCUUGCAACCUCGGGUCCUGGUCCUCAGGGCCGGCGGAACCUUUGAUGUGCUGCAGAAGCCGUCCUUCACCUCGGAGUACCCGUUCAAGCUGAUACCCUGGCAGCCGCCGCACAGGGGCCAGACUGACGGGACGAACUAUCGGGAGCUUAUGCAGUUCGAGCCGACGCAAGCGCGCGAGAUUUACGGUCCUUUUCUGACCGAGCAGGCCCUGGCCGAUGUACCACUGUUUGGGCCACAGAAGGCCAACAUCAAGGAGCUGGUGGAGAGGAGCCUUACCAGCGGAUUACCUGAUCGCCGUUUGCUCUCGGAGGAAGCGAACGAUUCUUCCCUGCUAUUUGACGGCGCAUCGUCGAUUGCCGACCAGCUCAAGGCGCUGAGGCUGGCGGCGAAACAAGGCAAAGAGCAGCCAGAUGAUAUGCUCUUGUCGCAGCUUGAGCGACACGAGAAGCUGCUUACUGACACCAGAGACAUGGCAAACCUCUCGAGUAAAGAGCAGUUUGUCCUCGACAACGCUAUGCUUCUCCGCGCGCAGGAGGGUUACCGUUUCGACCCUGUCAAGAAUCAGAAGAUUGUGGCCGACGAUCCGUGGUUGACAGAUGUAUGGGCCUGGGUCGCUGGUGCCGAGACAGCAGCCGCCGACGGUGGGAUGAUGUCCGAUCCCCUAGACAUCAGCUACAUGGGAGUCCACACAGUCUGGACGAAUAACCUUGGAAGCAAGCCUCAGAUGAGGUUGUCGGACGACGCUCCACCCCCUGAUGAAGCCGGCUGGGAGCGUUGCCUGAACGCGAUCAACAAGAAGCUUGGAAUCCCCAAGGUCGGCGGAGCAGUCGAAACCAAGCGCCGCCACCACAGGGAGCUGUGCCUCGAAAUCUGCAGCUUUGGCCGCUCGUUCGACAUAGAGUUCGAGCGCGCAGUGUCGACAUCGGCUCCCGGGAGAGAGUCGACGUGGUACACCAUGGUCGCCGCUCAGGCCCUAUUCAGGGGCGACACAAACGGCGCGGUUCAGGUGCUGAAAAGGGCCAGCUCUGAACACCCAGAGUUGCUUUUUGUCUCGCUGGCGCUCCAACUGAUCGGGAAGGGCGGGGAUGAUGACACCAAGACGGCUCUCGAUUUUGACGAGAGGGUAGCCUGCAAGACGGACCCUUACCUGCGCGCAAUAUCCGCCAUCAUUGCGACCGGCGACUGGGCCGUGAUCGCCGGUCAGAAAACCCUGCCUCUCCGCGACCGCUGUUACGUCGCCGUCCGCUACUUUAGCGACGACGCCCUCACCGCGUGGCUCGAGGACGAGCUGGCCGCUGCCAUCGAGACCGGCAACAUCGAAGGCAUCGUCCUCACCGGAAUAACCGACUCCCUCGUCGACAUCCUGGCCCGCUACGUACACAAGUUCAACGACACCCAAACCGCCGCCCUCCUUCUCUCCAUCUGCGCCCCCCGCUUCAUCGACGACAUCCGCGCCACCGCCAUACGGAACGCCUACCGCCACUACCUCCAGCGCCACCGCGCCUUCUUCUUCCGCGCAAAGUUCGACGUCGAGUCCACCUUGCGCAGCAAACACCACGGCCGCCCGACCCUGCCCCUGCCCGCACGCCAGAUCGGCCUGCGCUGCGUCUACUGCGAUGUCGAGUUCAAGACCGAGUCGCUGGCCCCACGGAGUGCGACCGGCCCAGGCUCCCGGACCGGCAGCAGCGGCAUCCCGAGCUUCAUGACCGCCGCCGCCGCCGCCGCCGCCGCCGCGACCCCCUCCUCCACGACUUCCACGUCGCGCACCGAGGCCCGCGCCAGCCGGCAGCAGGCCAACCCCUACACGGAGAAGAUGGUGGCCAGCGGGAUCAGCUGCCCCAACUGCAAGCAGCACCUCCCCCGCUGCGUCGUCUGCCUCGAGGUCGUCGGCAUGCCCCGCAGCGACCGGCCGGAGCAGAACGCCGACCCGGACGUGCGCCGCACCGCCCGCUUCCCCACCUUUUGCGUCGCCUGCGGCCACGUCCUCCACCUCGACCACGCCCGCCAGUGGUUCGCGCGCCACCGCGAGUGCCCGGUGCCCGAGUGCAGGUGCCUUUGCAAUACGAGGGUCAAUGAGGAGCUGGAGUAUUCCUAGAGCCGCGAGGGUGAGUAGGAGGAGAAAGGGGGGGGGCGCGGGGAGAGACGGUAUGGAAUGACUGAUUUGAUUUCGCUAGGUUGCUUGAGUAUUUAAUGGGCGUUUUGAGGACUCAAAAGACCCGGGGGGGGGUGGAGGGGUCGUGGAAGGGAGCAUG